GUGCGCAUGUGGAGCGCUUUGCUGAGCUUUGGCAAGACGACGAGCUCGUAGAUCUUUGUCUUCCGUCAAGGCACAACAAUACGAUAAAGCUUUAAGUCCUAUUGUAUAAAGUAGUUUGUAGGCUACAUAGCUCAAGAAUCAAAAGCUCGAAGCUGUUGUGUUGUUUUUUUUGUAACUUCAAGUAACUACUUACGCGAACUUGACGGUUAGUCAUGUCGACUACCUGCGAAGCGUCAUCAAGCUACCCCAUUCCUAGCCGUGCCUCAGACGCAAAAAACUGGUCUCCCCUGCCCGAAUGUUACAGUCAAACUCCUGGAGGCACAGUCUUCUCAACCACCCCUGGAGGAACCAGAAUCAUCUACGAUAGGAAGUUUCUUCUGGAGUGCCGGAACUCCCCAAUUGCACGGACCCCACCGUGCUGUCUCCCCCACAUUCCAGGGGUCACCAUGCCCUCUGCGCACCCUUUGGGCAGCUUGCAGGAGCGGCAGGAGGAGAACUGCCAGGAGCUCUCUGCUGAUGACAGCCAGUUCGUGAUGGACAUCUGAACCUGUGAUGCAACUCCUAUGGAGAAAUCGUCUGUUGCGGAUUUUUCUGCCAGCGCUCCCGAUCCAAGAAACGAAGGAUUCCUCCUUUUCUAAAGACUCCAUGUUUCAUUAAAAAAAGCAUUUCUGAACAAUGAAAUGCAUAAGGGGGUCAAGGAGUAGUAUUUUGAGUUUGGUGAACAUUUGUUUUUAAGUAACUGAGUAGCCUCAGUUAUUGGGAGGUAUCUUGCUGAACCCUCCACUUUACUCAUCUGAAAGGUUGCCAAAUUUAUAUGAAAUCAACAUUUUAUAAUGACCUGCAAUUGUGCCAAUGUAACAUUUCUUUGUACAUGUUCUUCAGUGUUUGAAGGUGAGAAGUAACCUAUUAAGGUCAGUUAAGACAGUUCCUUGUACUGAACUUUAAUUUAAACAUUUUUUGUUCAGUUACAUGGAACAGGAUGACAACCAAAUAAAACCAAAACUUAACUGUC